GUAGCGACUUAAACGCCCGGUCAAGAGUGUAGGCGACACCUCGCGCACGAGAGCCAUCCCGCAAUUUGAAAUAAGCGCGCGCGGAGUAAGUACACGGAUCGACAUAGUUCGAUAGGAUCAUCAUCGUCUCCUAUUCGUUUUUUCCCCGAUUUCGUGCGCUGUCCUCGUCGCUGCGGUGCUUUUUUCUAGUUCUCGCUCUCUGCGAGUAGUCGAAAGUCGCCGACCUUGAAAAGGCUUCGAAAUUCGAAGACAUUUUCCCGGCAAUUUUUUUUCUGUGAUGAAAUUGUCAGUAGACGUCGUGCUCCUGUUUUGAAGCCGCGCGCGGAGUCUCCUCCUCGCGUCCAACGGGUUUACUCGCCUUCCAAGUGGCUAUUUUCACGAUUCGUCGGGCUUGGGUCCGCGUGAUGCACGCGCGUUAUCGUGUCUCGGCUUUGGGAUUGUGAAACGCGCGCCCUUUGCCUUUCGCCCGCGAGAGGCAUUGAAGUACACUUGAACUCUGGAGUGCGGUCACGGAUUGCAACGCUACUCGCCGACGCAGUUCCUUCGCUCCUGAAAGGAAGGCUUCGUCUCAACAAGGAAGCUUCAUUCUAGCGAUACUGAGUUUUUCUCGAAGUUUGUUCGUCGUCCUCGGAUUUUUUCGACUCCACAAAUGAUUUUCAAGAAGCUCGUAGAAUCCUCGAAAGGACUGUUGGAAAAAUUCUUCCACAGUAACUGCGAACAUCCUCAUGAGACUUUCGAUCCUGAGAGCCAGCAGUGUCACUCUUUGCUGCAGGAAAAGAAGUCUUACAUUCCAUCACUGAUAGAGCACCCUAAUGGCAUCAAAGCCUCGAUUAUAGACGAAGACAAGGAAGUUACAAGGAAAUCGAGCAGUCAUACACUUACCUACCAUGAGGCUCCGCACUAUCUUAAACACAACCCUUACAUCCUCUCUGGAUAUAGGUGUCACGGUCUCUCAGCUUUAAAAUGUUUAGAAAGUAUGUUCUGGAUGACAAACGAAACAAUAAACAUAUGGAGUCACGUAUUAGGAUGGAUGCUGUUUUGUGGUCUCACAUUCUACGAUCUACUAUUGCUGAACUUCCAUGCCUCACCAGUAGAUAAAUUCAUUGUUGGUCUCCUACUAGGCUGUUUUCAAAUUUGUAUGCUUACGUCAAGUUUCUACCACAUCUUUUCGUGCCGAUCCGAAAAGCACUUCAACUGCUUCCUCACUUAUGAUCUCCUGGGCAUAGCUUUGAGCUUACUCGCUAUAUACAUGAGCGGAAUCUACUACGCAUUUUGGUGUCACAGAGGGAUCCAAAAAUUCUACCUCACGACAGUGUUCAUCCUCUUUUUAUUCUCACUGACUCUGCAAAUUCCUAGCCUGAAAGUGAGCUCGAACAUGAAAAUGUUGACGUUCGUCGCCUGGGCCGCAUACGGUGUUGUUCCUACAGUUCACUGGACUUUUGUCAUGGGUGGCUGGGAGAAUCCCAUAGUUUCCAUGCUACUACCGAGGGUCAUCACAAUGUAUGCAAUUUGUGCGGCAGCUUUUGCCAUUUACAUCACACGUUUUCCCGAGUGCCUUUUCAAAGGAAAAGUGGAUCUCUUCGGGUCUUCUCACCAGUGGUGGCACAUAUUCAUUGUAAUCGCGCUUUACUAUUGGCACAACACCGGAAUCAAGUACAUCGAGUACCGUAUGCACCACGGCUGCGCAACCGAUCUUCGAUUAUGAUAGCUCAUCGCCAAAAUCUCCACCUCUCUCAACUUGUCUGCUAACUCUCAGCUACGUUCGAGAGGAUUCGGACUGUCCGGAUCUUGAAGCUCAUUGCACAGGGGUUCCGUACCUUCUCGUGCGCUCACUCUAAGAUUUGCGGACUAUCGCCUGCAAAUUUGUCAUCACUUCAUCUUAGUUUCUGUUAAUUUAUUGAUAUAUUUUUAUUGCUCACGAGUACCUUUCAAUCGUUGUCUGGUGCUCAUCUUUAUAGAUUAAGUAUUUAGUCAGAUUCUGCAAUUUUAUUGUUAUUUAUAAUUUUAUAUGACUUCACUCGUUUACUCGUUAGUUAUGCUGUAUAAGAGAACCCGUCAUAUCGAACCAUGUCGAAGCCGCAGAAAACGGGAGUCAUUUCGGACCAAAAACACAAUCGAGUUGAUUAUCCAUUUUAUUUCAUUUACUCAUUUAAUAUUUUUUUACUUACUUCGUUUCUACACCUAAAUCGUAGGAUGCGAUGUAUUUCACUCAAAGGGUUGCACUUCUCUUUGAUGUGUGAUAUACAUUGACGAUAGAAUUAUUCACGCCAUGCCAUAAGACCCUGUUUUUCAAGCGACGACAUGGUGCUCAAAGACUGUGAUACCUAUAUUUUAAUCGUUAUCAUUUGAUUUCCCCUAAAAAAAUUACAAAUUUUAGCGACUCUCUCGAGGUUAGUGUGAAGCAAGCUCAUUUAGAUGACAUGAUGACACGUUAUGUUUCGGGACUGUGCAUUUCUUACUGAAUUUUGGGAGCAAUUGCGACCUUAUUUUUUAUUUUAUUUUUUACCUAAAGGUUCAAUAGAAUCGCAUUUCUUGAAUGAUAAAAGCAUGACAAAAUAUUAUUUUUCUACUAUAGUGAAAUGUAAAACAAAACAAUACAAAUUUUACGAAUAUUUUAGCAGCAUUGAAUGAGCUUACUUCACCAACAUCUUCGAUUAGGAUUUUUUUCUUUUAUUUUUACCGCUCAAACAAAUUGAAUAUCUAAAUCUGUGCAAAUAGACCACUCUGUAUUUAGAAUUCCCCUGAACUCUCAACCUAAAUAUCAUCGGUUCCUUUCGUUCUCACGAAAAAUGUCUCAAUCCCUCAAUCUUAAAGACAGUUGAAAAGUGUACGUAUCCUCAGAUGAAAGUAAGCAGCAACUUUAAAAUUGCUGAAGUAUUAACCUCUGAAAACGAUACCAGGAUCUGGAAGCAAUUAGUCAUACUACUAAGUGAGUUACAGAUCCGUUACAUAUUUCGUUUCUCCGUAAGAUUGCGAGUGAGCCAUCACCGAGUGAAAUAUCAAUGGCAUAUCAACAAUUCAAUCAACAGGUAAGAAGACUAUGAUAAUCUAGACCCCAACCAGUUUGUAAAUAGUAAUUUAUUUCUCUUGAGUAUUUUUUGUCACCAAUAAUCCACGGAGAGAACACUUUGGUCCAUUUUUGAGUUCAGGGGAUGGACGCAAUACCCUUAACUUUACCUUAUAUAGAGUAAGUUAGUUGAAUUUUUAAAAUUUAAGAAUACUCUCAACCAGUGGUGUGGCGUGCUUUGCGAUGUAUCGAUUGUUAUUCCAUUUAAACCUAUGGAAAAGGAUCGAUUAUUAGGGUUGUUCGCAGCGAACACCGUAAUAAUCGAUUAUUUACCAUUAGUUCAAAUGGCUGAACAAUCGAUACAUCGCAAUUCACGCCACACCACUGCUCUCAACGGCUACCGAGCCUGCCAACGUUCUUAUUUUCAGCAAUAAUAGGAUAUUUGUUGUUGCUCUUUCUUUGUCUCCCGGUGGUCACUCUAUGCCUAUUUAAAAAUGUGUCUCUCUAUUUCCCUUGUACUUCUGUCUUUGCUAGACAAUCUCUUAAGAUUUUGUUGUUGGAUUCUUUAUUCAUCAUGGAAUCUAAUAAAAUAAAUUUUUAUCAAUGCA